AUGGACCCGUUCAACCAGACGAUCACGCUGCACGGCCCCGGCGGCCAGACGAUGGUGCUCUGGCUGCCGGCAAUGGACCGGGUGCAGCGGCAGCUGACGUCGACGGCGAUCAACUACAGCGUGCAGAUGGGGGCGAGCCUAGUGAUGCUGGCGGUGCUGCUGACGCUGACAUCGCGGGUGCGGUUCGGACGGGCGUCGACGGUGCUGCACGCGGCCAGCCUGUUGGUGAGCACGGUCCGCUGUCUGUUUCUGGCGCUCUACUUCACGUCGUCGUACGUCUCGUUCUACUCUUUUUACGGCGGCGACCACUCGCAGGUGGCACGCGGCGACAUCAACGUGCAGGCAGCCGCAUCCUUUCUCGCGGUGCCGCAGCUGCUGCUCAUCGAAGCCGCCCUGAUGCUGCAGGCCUGGGCACUGGUGCGCAUGUGGCCGGCCGGCCGUCGGGCCACGCUCGUGGCCGUAUCCGGGAUCGUCGUCGUGCCCGCCCUCGCCUUCCGGAUCUUCCGCGUGGUCCAGUACAUGCGGGCCACGCUCAACCAUGGGCGGGCGCACCGCUACGUCUGGCUGGUGCAGUGCGACCUCGCCUUCAGCACAGCCACCGUCUUUUGGUUCUGCCUCGUCUUCAUCACCCGCCUGGUCAUGCACAUGUGGACCUGUCGCAGCGUCUUGCCGCCCAUCUCGCACCUCUCGUCCAUGGAGGUGCUCGUGAUGACGAACGGCGUGUUGAUGCUGAUUCCGGUUAUCUUUGCCGCCAUGGAGUUUGGCAGCUUCACCAACUUCGAAUCCGGCUCGCUGAUGCUGACCUCGGUCGUCAUCGUCUUGCCCCUCGGCACCCUCAUCGCCCAGCACAUGACAGACGAGGCUGCGCGACGAAUUUACGGCCGGGUCGGCGCAAGCGAAAAUAGCGGUAGUGGGUACACACGGACGUCAGACACGGCUGCCAGCAACAAGAAGCGCUUCCUGGGCUCUUGGUCGCAUGCAUCCGACUCGACCGCCCUCGUGUCGGGUGGACUGGCCACGCAGGUGAGCAUCCACACAGGCAGCCGACACAAGAACAAGGCUGUUGGGAAGGACGAAGAACAGGAGCUGCAGCAGAUGGACCUGGUCGAAGAGGGCACAGCCAAGGCCAAGAGGGUGUGGGUGGGCCACGAGAUUGAGGUCCGGCAAGACGCCGUCUGA